AUGUCCAUCCGUCCGGACCCGACCACGGGUUCCAAAGACUUUGUCGAAAAGUCGCCUCCUCGCUACAACGACCAGCCAGACCCGGAGAAGUCGGCACUCCGCCAGAGAAGCGAUGCCGCCAAACGAGACAAGGUCCCGGACGUCGCGGCUGGAGAGCUCAUCCUCGACGUGGAGCGCGAUGGUGUCACCCAGCGUGGUCUCAAGAGUCGACAUGCGCAGAUGAUUGCCCUUGGAGGGACGAUCGGCACGGGACUGUUCGUUGGAUCUGGCCAGACGCUUGCGAGAGGUGGUCCGGCGUUCAUUUUGGGAUGCUACACGGUCAUGGCUUUUGGGGUUUGGUGUGUUGUUAGUGGGAUCGUGGAAUUGGCCGCUUGGGUGCCCACGCCGGGUUGCUCGAUGAACUUAUUCGGCCAUCGAUACGUGAGUCGCACGAUGGGCUUCAGUAUGGGUUGGCUGUACUUCUACAGCCUGGGAAUCUUGGUGCCAUACGAGAUUACUGCCGCUGGAUUGGUUAUCGAGUAUUGGCAAGUGAACAUCAGCAUCGCCGUAUGGAUCUCGAUUAUGAUCGUGGUUAUCGUCGGACUCAAUGUGCUGCCUGUCAAAUUCUAUGGCGAAACGGAAUUCUGGUUUGCCGGGCUCAAAGUCAUCAUGAUGCUGGGACUUUUGCUGAUGUCUGUUGUGCUGUUUUUUGGCGGUGGACCAAACAAGGACCGUCUUGGAUUCCGAUACUGGGAGAAUCCUGGAGCCGCCAACACAUAUCUCGAGACAGGCGAUAAAGGUCGCUUCGUGGCGCUGCUUUCGACCUUCGUCUUGAGCGCUUUCCCAUUCGUAUUCGCUCCUGAGCUCCUGAUCGCGACUGGUGGCGAGAUGGAGAGCCCACGUCGCAACCUGCCCACUGCGGCUAAGCGCUACAUCUGGCGUCUGGUCAUCUUCUACAUCUUCUCCGUGUUCGCUAUUGGUGUCAUUUGCCCGUCAAACGAGCCGCGCUUGACUAGUGGUGGAGCUGGUGCUGGUUCUUCUCCAUUUGUUGUGGCUAUCAAAGAUGCUGGAAUCCCUGUGCUCGACCACAUCAUCAACGCUGGCAUCAUCAUCUCCGCAUGGUCGUCUGGAAACUCCUUCCUCUUCCUUUCCAGUCGAUCACUCUAUGCGCUCGCUCUCGGUGGGAAUGCACCGGCAUUCUUCCGAGUCUGCACGAAGGGCGGAGUACCUCUUCGAGCCGUCAUCUGCAGCGCUCUCUUCUGCGCCCUCGCCUACCUCAACGUCGGAAGCAGCAGCGCCGUCGUCUUCAACUGGUUCGUGAACCUCACCAACACCUCCGGUUUCAUCUCCUGGAUCUGCUGCGGGAUCGUCUACCUCCGCUUCCGCGCGGCCGUCAAAGCGCAGAACAUCCCGCUCGAAGAGCUGCCAUAUCGCUCGUGGAUGCAACCAUGGGGCAGCUGGUGUGCCAUCGUCGGCUUUUCGUUCUUGUUGAUCAUCAAUGGCUUCACGGUCUUUUGGCCGGAGAAGUGGAGUGUCAGCAACUUCAUGACGGCUUAUGUUGGGAUUCCGCUUUUCUUGUGCUUCUUCGUGGGACAUAAGAUUUACGCUUGGUCUGAUCCGUGGGCUAUCCCCUCGGAACAGGUGGACAUGGUUACGGGUCUGGAUGAGUUGAUUGCCGAUGAGAGGCCGAGAAAGGUGUUCAGGAACUGGCAGAAGGUUAGGUAUAUCUGGGAGUAG